AUGUAUCAAUACCUGUCUGCGCUGGGUGGCCUGGUCGCCGCUUACGUCGUCUACUCUCUGGUCUCUUCUCUCGUUAGCAAUCGCUACCAUGCCCGACAAGCAAGAGAACGCGGUUGCCAACCAGCCUAUGAGCGACCUUACAAAUAUCCCCUGGCUGUGGAUCUGACCUGGGCAGUGAUCCAAGCCGAUAAAAACCAGGUUGUGCCAGAUUAUUUUCUGCAAUUGUAUAAAGAGAUAGGCAAAUCUACCUGGGUUCAAAAUGCCCUGGGGACUAUGGCAUAUGUUACGGUAGAUCCCAAGAAUAUCCAGGCCGUGCUCGCAACUCAGUUCCAAGACUUCGAGAUUGGGAGUCUACGAAGGAGUAACUUCUUUCCAAUGCUGGGCAAUGGAAUCUUCACCGUUGAUGGCAAGGCAUGGGAACACUCUCGUGGAAUGCUUCGGCCGCAGUUUGCCCGACAGCAAGUCGCUGAUUUGCAGCUGGAAGAAAUCCAUGUCCAAGACAUGUUCAGACACCUCACAACCAAGGAUGGAUGGACCGACUACGUCGACUUAAGCCCUCUCUUCUUCCGUCUGACUCUAGAUUCAGCAACCGAAUUCCUCUUUGGCCAAAGUGUUGAUUCGCAGAUUGCAGCUCUCCCUGGUUAUAACCAGAAAGCCAAACAAGCAGGUGGUCUGGACUGGACUUCCUUCGCCCAUUCUUUUGACUCUGCCACCAUGUGUCUCGGCCAACGCGGACGUCUUGCUGAGCUUUACUGGCUCUAUAACCCUCAAAAAUUCAAGAAUGACUGUAAGGAUGUCCACAAGUUUGCAGAUUACUACGUGAAUCUUGCCCUGACGACCGACCUUUCCUCUCUGAGCGACCACGCUUUAGAGAGUGGAGGCAAGAAGGAAAAGUACAUCUUCUUGAAAGAGCUUGUACAGCAAACAAGAGAUCCCAUCGAGUUGAGAAGCCAACUUCUCAAUAUUCUCCUUGCCGGUCGUGAUACCACGGCUGGUCUCCUUGGCUGGACCUUCUUCUUGCUUGUCCGACACCCAGAACAAUUUAAGAAGCUCCGCGAGAUCAUUCUUAACGACUUUGGCACCUAUGACCAACCCAAAAAUAUCUCCUUCGAAAACCUCAAAGGCUGUACCUACCUUCAGCACACACUUUCCGAGGUUCUCCGUUUGUAUCCGACAGUUCCACUUAACUCUCGACAGGCGACUAGGGACACGACGCUCCCCAGAGGCGGUGGCCCUGAUGGAAACUCACCGAUAUAUGUAAGAAAGGGUCAAGAGGUCAAUUACUCCGUUCACAUUAUGCAUCAUCGGCCAGAUCUAUGGGGCCCCGACGUCGAAGAAUUCAAACCAGAACGCUGGGUCGGCCGUAAACCGGGCUGGGAGUUUUUGCCUUUCAAUGGAGGUCCACGUAUUUGCCUAGGACAGCAAUUUGCUCUGACAGAAGCAGGCUAUGUCAUUGUGAGAAUGCUUCAGAAAUUCGACGGCAUCCAGACGAACGAAAGUGAUCCUAUUGUAAGACAUCAAUAUAGCGUCACCACCGCACCUGCUCGAUGUUCGGUGCGCCUGCACGCGGCUUGA